UUGUCAGUUGUCGCUUUGGAAUUUGAAGUUUUUUUUCGUAAGAUAUGGUUUAAUCCAUAAAAGUUAAAUUUGAAAACCUUGUCCAAAAUACAUGAAUCUUAUCAAUGUGAAUCUAGUAGUUUUUAUAUUCAAUGUUUUUGUUGUUAUUAAGGUUGACGCUAUGAUGAAUUCAUACACUAGUUAAACAUAAUUUGUGAGAAUUAUGAUUUGAGGAAGCCAAUGAACUAUACGAAUGGAAAAUACAAACUUCUGACACCUUUUUGAACAAGAACUCGCAAACAUAUAUAGGCAUGGAACCAUCAAUUAAUCCUUAGUAUCAAGGUAAACUAGAUAAAGAAAUAGGCUAUAAGGCUUACCUAGGUGUUUAUAAAACAAGAAAUAAGAAGAAAAUCCAAAUUUGAUUUCUAAUAAUCCUGAGUUUUAAAGAAUGAUUCUUGACUGUCACGCAUAUUCUCUGGUAAAUUGGAGAAUAAAUGGCAGUCAUUACCAGCUUGCACAUUAAUUCAUAAUUCAUUGAAGCUUGGCUUUGGAAGACCUUUUGUUAAUAAACCUGCUAGUUGAUUUUGUGAUGGCGUAUACUACAUAACAACUUGUUCCUUUAACUGGAUUGGUAGCUAUACUCAAUUCUGCCGUAUUGUUGCAGUGCAGCUUCAUAGGCAUUAUGCCUAUCAUUUUUUGGUCUUCCAUUACUUAUGUCAACAAUAUCAACUCAUAUAUCCCUUGAGCAAAAGCUCUCAAUUCUGCUUGAACACUGCUUUUUCCAACAACUGUUUGCUUUUUACUUUUCCAUGUGGCCAAAUAUCUCUAUUGUUUUAUAUAGUAAGGUGAAGUGAAUCUUCUAUCAUCUAUUGGGCUUGCCUAGUCAACAUCUGUAAUGUUUCAAUUUUUUUAUACCUUUUCUUCUUGAACCGCAUCAACAACGUAAUGGAAAUCUAAAUCCUGUUUAGUCUAAGAAUGCCCAGGAAUUUAGAGGAAAAACAAAGAACACAUAAAUUUUAUUUUAAUUCAAAGCUGCUUUCAUAGCCCGAAAGCUUACAAAUAAAUAGACCAACAAGAAAACACUAAAAGAUGAAUAAAUCAAAACAUUUUCAAAAAUAGAAAAUUCUCAAUUGACAUCAUAGAAUUAAAAUUCAAAAUCAAACAUAGCGAUUACCAAAAGCGACGUCUCAAUCAGAGAUUUAUAGCCCACGAUAUGGAUGGAGAAAAUCUUUCCAUAAAUGGCAAAGUUGCUGUUUUUGAGGCCCAUGUGAUGGAAUUUGGCCGAAUAAGGGUGUGACUCGAGCUAAUGACUUGUGUUUGUUGACCCGUUUUCUAUCUAAUGGGGUCCUCUGAUCAACAAAAUUAGCCAUUUAGGAAAAUUACGAAAAUGGCCCCGCCUAGAUCAUCGCGUCCCACUUGUCCACGUAGGUGCAAGCUAGCUCAUCAAUCUGGUUUGCAUCAGUGACCUUAAGUUUAUAUAUAAGAAACAAUAAUACAUCUGUACAUAUACAUACAUACACUAGUAUACUUUUGUACAUACAUAUGUCUAACAAACACAACAUUUUAAACAUUUCAAUACCAAGACACAACAAUUUCAUUCAUUUCAUGCUGGCAUACUACUCUGGCAGCCUUAUGACAAGAAAACAUGGUUACAAAAUAUGAAAUUUCUUUAAACAAUCUAACUGCAUGUUUUGAAUUAUUUAUAUUUUUCUUGAAUGUGAGCUCAGCCGGCAACUUAAGCUCAGUUAAAAAUUGGAUAAAUCAACCUUGUGCAGAGCUCCUUAACUACAUCUAAAGCUCAUAAAACUAGUCUAAUCUUCCCCUAGCACAAGCUGUGCUUGCUUAAGCUCAGCUUGUUUCUUGCCUUAUUCAUACAUGACUAAUACAGAAAGCAUUUCUUUUCUGCAAGAAAAAUUAUAAUGCUUACAUAGUAUAAAGCUAUAGGUGUAUUAACAAUAUUCCCUAAGAUAAACCAAAAAGGAAUGUUCAUGACCUUGUGCAUUAAGUAGAACUUUAAUUUGAUAUCGAUCAAUAACUCAACAUCCUAUAAUAGUGUUGACUUUGUAACAAUUAAAGUUGAAAGUUAAUCAAAUCAUAAACAGAGUAUUGAAGAAAUAGCCAUCUGAUGAAAAGGACUAGCGACAGUUUUGUAACAGAUUUUUGAAACACAUAAACUGCCUACAACUUUUCAGAAGAAUUGGCAUUGGUAUCUAUUGAAAGGCUAACCAACAACCUGGCAAUACCACACAUGAUGAUUAAAUAGCAGUAUCUUUUUUGAUUAACAAAUUCACCACUGCAAUAGGCACAAGGCCUAAAAUAUAUAUAUUAAAAAAAUGCUUACCAAGUCACGAUAAUCACGAUCACUCAAAAACUUGUAGCCACCUUGGAUUUAGGUGAUACUUUGUGGAUCCACCCUGUAACAUUCAUAAUGUAAUAGUGGAUAAUUGCACAACCAAAUAGACAGUUUCUAGGAGUCAAACCUCUGGCAAGUCACAAGAUAGCUGUAUAAGAAAGAUAUAAACCUGGGCUAGGAGAAUAUCAAUAAUAGAUGACAAAAAGAAAGUUCAUCUUUUAUUGACUGGAAAUUUAAUCACAAGUUCAAUUUUCCAAAACAAUUCCAAAAAUCUAGUAACUGUUCAAGGGAACUUUUUAAAUUGUUAUAGAAGUAACAUGUGUUAUUUGCUGAUUUUCCCAAUUUCUUAUAUUUUAAUAAUCAAAUUUGUUGACACCUCCUAAAUAUUCUCUAUAUCUAAAGAAGCAAUCAACGAGAAAUAUUAAGCAAGAAUAGCAAAUGCAAACAUCUUCAUACUCAUUAUGACAACUUUUGGCACUAGAAAGAGAAGCUCUAAGUAAUUCAUGGUCAGUAAAUACAUACUUGUUCAAGUAGGGAAGCAAUACAAGCACCGGUAUGAACAAGAUGAUGGUCACAGGUCCUCAUGCCUCUCCUCGUGCUUCUCCUCCAUGACCAUCAUCUUAGAGGGCUCGGUGAAAUUCAGGGAUAGGUAAUUGGAUUCAAUGGAUGCUACAACUACGCUAUCGAGAUCGGAGUGCUCAUCCAUUGGAGAAGUGAAAUGAGAAGUAGAAGAGACGCUAACGAAAUUGAAGGAGAUGAGGAAUAAAUAAAAGAAUAAAUAAAAAAAAUUGAGGCUUUCUUCGAUAAAUGGGAAAGGAUAAAAGAUAUGUUCUUGACUAGGUAGUUAGAACCGGGUUGGACCGGAACCGGACCCUAGGCCGGUCCGGUUCCAUACCCAAAACCGGCCCAGAAUAAACCCGCUCAUAGACCGGAUGAACCGGCCAGGUUCAUCCGGUUUUCACUUUUCACAAAGUUUUCAACUUUUCAAUGUUUUCAACCCUAAAAAACUAAACGAAUUGAAGAGCAAAGGACUCCUGUGACCGAGAUCGACACCACCAACAUCUCUCAGACUCUCCCUCCUAUCAACGAUCAAGGCAUCAUCGCAUCAACCAGCAAAGCGGCAAUCACCGGCAAAGCGGCAAUUGCUCUAAUUUUGUGAAGAAAGGCCCAUCUCUCUCUCGCUCUGAAGACUUAAAGAAAUAGUCAAUGGAGACAAUAAUGUGCAAUCAUCCGCCUCAAGUGGUAAUGUUCGUUCUAAGACCGAUCCGACAUGGGAGCACUUCACUUUAUCUAUUAAUGAUAAAGGAACAAAGGUUUACCAUUGCCUCUAUUGUGGAAAAAAAUAUCAAGGUGGGGGAAUUUAUAGAAUGAAAGAGCAUUUAGCCGGGAAAAGUGGUAACAUACUUCCUUGUGGGAAAGUCCCUCCUGAUGUUCGUGAAUGCAUCAAAGAAUAUAUCACUAACUCCACAUCUUCCAAAUCAAGAGGGAAGGAAUUAGUUAAAGAAGCAUAUGAAGAAGUAGAAGAGGUUGAAGAACAAGAGAUAAAUCCUACCAAUAAUUUUGGAAAAAGGAAAGCAAAAGGUUCUUUAGGAAAUUUUAUAACAUCAAAGCCAACUUCACUAUCUCAACCAGGAAUUAAGAGUGCAAUGGCAAGCAAGCAAGCAAUUCAUAAGGCAAAUAUGGUAUUUGCUAGGUGGUGUUUUGAUGCUUGUAUUCCUUUUAAUGCUAUGCGGUCACCUUAUUUUCAACCAAUGGUGGAUGCUAUUGGGAGUAUUGGUGUGGGAUAUAAAGCUCCUUCUUAUAAUGACAUGCGAGUUAAUUUAUUGUGGAAUUGCAAGAAAGAAUGUCAGUUGCUUAUUGAUAGCUACAGAAGCCAAUAGGCUAAUUGUGGAUGCACAAUUAUGAGAGAUGGUUGGACGGAUCAAAGGCAAAGAACUUUGAUUAAUUUUUUGGUGUAUUGUCCUACAGGAAUAUCUUUUGUGAAAUCUGUUGACGCCUCAGAUAUUUUAAAAGAUGCCACCAAUUUAUGUAAUUUAUUCAUGGAGAUUAUUGAAUGGGUUGGACCGGAUAAUGUGGUUCAUUUGGUGACUGAUAAUGCAAGCAAUUAUGUUGCGGCAGGAAGGUUAAUACAUGAAAAAUAUGAUCAUAUAUAUUGGUCUCCUUGUGCUGUACAUUGUCUGAAUUUGAUUUUGAAAGAUAUUGGAAAAAGAGAUCAUGUAGCGGAGCUUGUAUCACGUGCUUCCAAGGUGACUAUUUUUGUCUACAACCAUAUAUACAUACUAUCUUGGUUGAGAAAAAGAUCUGGAUGGAAAGAGAUUGUGCGUCCAGGAGUAACACGUUUUGCUACUACAUUCAUUACUUUGAAAAGUAUCUAUGAUCAUAAACAUGAUUUGCAAGCAUUGGUGACAGAUAAGUAUUACACAAGCCAUAAGUUAUCUAAAAGUCCAGUGGGUAAAACAGUUACUUCUAUUAUCUUGGAUGGCAAAUUUUGGGAAGAAUGUUUAUUUAUGGUGAAGAUUGCAGCUCCCAUCAUUAGGCUUUUACGUGUUGUUGAUGCGGAUGAGAAACCUUCACUUGGUUAUGUUUAUGAAGGCAUGAUUAGGAUUCGAAAAGCAAUCAUGGCCAUCUUCAGAAACAAGUCUACAAUGUAUGGUCCCUAUAUUAAAAUUAUUGAUGAGAGAUGGGAUAAGCAUUUGCGGCGAAACCUUCAUGCAGCUGCUUAUUUUUUGAAUCCCGCUUUUCUCUAUGAUAAAGAAGCAUUUUGUGAAACUCCAGAAGUGAUGCAAGGCUUUUUAGAUUUACUUGAAAAGAGAAGUAUAUGCAGUGAUAGUGAAAAGGCAAUGAGGGAGAUCAGAUUUUAUCGGGAUCGAUUAGGAAGUUUUAGUCGUGAAUCAGCUCUUUCCUCUGCUAAUAAAAUACAACCUGAUGAAUGGUGGAGGCUAUUUGGAUAUAGUACUCCUUUCUUGCAAAAAGUUGCUAUUUGACUCCUUAGUCAAACAUCAUUUUCUUCAGGAUGUGAGCGUAACUGGAGUGUUUUUGAGCGAAUUCACACCAAAAAAAGAAAUAGAUUGGAGCAUCAAAGGCUUAGUGAUCUUGUAUUUGUGAAUUAUAAUCUUCGUUUGAAGUGCAGGCUUCAAUACAAAAAAGAAAUUAUGAUCCGGUUGAUUAUGAUUGCAUUAACAAAACGGACUUUUGGAUAGCUGAAGAAGAAGAAGAAGCAGAAUUCGUAGAUGGAGAUAUGGUUGAAGCAAUAUAUGCAAAAGAUGCUAUUCCAACUUUGGAUGAAAGCCACAAUCAAGAUGACGUGGAUAUGAAUGAACUCAAUGAAGAAGUGGAUUUUGAGUUAUUUGGUAAUGCAAGCUAUGAUGAUGCAUUUGAUCAACAUGAGAACUUGGGGCAAAGAGAUGAUAAUGAGGGUUGACUACACCAUCAACCAUGAUUUGUGAAUUUCGCUUAAGAAUGAACUUUCUAGUGAAUUUUUCUUAUUCAAUAUGUUGUAUGGAUUUUAUUUGAACGUGCUAAAAACUUUUGUGUGUGAGACUCUAUGCAUUUUUUUACCUUUCUUAA